AUGGAGAAGAACUUACGGAAUAUCCUGGUGGUUUCUUGUGGAUUCUUCCUUAACUUCACGGCCUUCGGAGGCCUGCAGAAUCUGCAGAGCAGCCUCUACAGUGAGGAGGGCCUGGGGGUGGCGACACUCAGCACCAUCUACUGUAGUAUGAUGCUGUCCUCCAUGUUCCUCUCACCUCUACUCAUCAAGAAGUUUGGCUGCAAGUGGACCAUGGUGGGCUCCAUGUGCUGCUACGUGACCUUCUCCAUGGCCAACUUCUACGCCACCUGGUACACCCUGAUCCCCACCUCCAUUAUGCUGGGCCUGGGUGCAGCUCCUCUGUGGGCGUCUCAGUGUACCUACAUCACCAUCGUGGGAAAUUUGCAAGCAAAGAAAGAGGGGAAGCUCAGCAAGGAUGUGGUGAACCAGUACUUUGGCAUCUUCUUUCUUGUAUUCCAAUCUUCUGGAGUGUGGGGCAAUCUGAUUUCCUCACUGGUAUUCAGCCAGACACCCACUCAUGCUCUUUACGGUGUCCUGUUUGAGAAGAACAAAGAAGCUGCUUUUGCCAACUACCGCCUUGGGGAAUCCCUAGGGUAUGCCAUCGCCUUUGGGUACAGCUCGUUUCUUUGUGUGAGCACCAAGCUCUACAUUCUCUUGGGCAUCUUGAUUGUGACCAUGAUGGCCUACGGGAUUGUUGAGUACCUGGAACCCAGGACCUCUAACAAGUCUGUGGGUACAGAAGAGAAAAUCCAGGCAGAAAAAGAAGAAAUGAAAACAGAAGAGUGAGUGCAGCCAUGUCAUGGCCAGAAACUCAGCCAGGAUCAGCAGAAUAGUUCCCUGAAGCAACAUUCAGUAGAUAGACUCGGUUAUUCAUGAUUGUUUCAGCAAUAUGUGGACAUUCUGAUGAUCACAUGUAUUUUCUAUGUAUUUUUUUUUCAAUUUAACAAAUUC